ACUUUUACUUCGGCAAUGGACACGUAGACAAAAACACUUUAAUCAAGUUUUCGAGUUGAAGAGUUCUUCCUAUUAUCUGUAUCUCUGAUAAUCUCUCUCCUUAACUGUUGCAGCGCCCGCAGGUAUUUAUCAGAAGACAGCCCAACAGCACACAGGGCUGAUGCCAACUCGAGCGAAAGCCUAACCCACACAUACACACACUCACACACACACGUACGUGGACAGUGUGUCUCUGACUAUUGAAACCGAAUUUCGACUAGUAACCGACUCUUCCAAAACAACUGUACACACAAAAGACGCUCACAUAAAGGCACUGCUCUGCACGAUGGAUGUAUCCGGCUCCACAUCAUUUGAGUCCUCCAGUGUCACGUUGGAGAAUAACAGCAGCUCCUACACAGGCGACACGCUGUAUGACAGCGCGCUGGACAGCCUAUCCGCCACGGCUUACAAGUCCUGUAAUGAGAGUCUGAUUAGCGAGAUUAGCCACAGCCCAAUGCCCACGAAUGGCAAUGCGGACAACGCGAAUCUUACCAGCGAAGCAGCUGCCUUCAAGGCGGUUGCUACUGCCGCACCUGCAGCACACAAUGGUCCCACCCCAGCAGCUCUAAAUGCCAGCAUGCUGCUCAUUCAAUCCGAGAGCACUGAUACGAACACCUCGCAGGAGGAGGUGGACCCCAAGUCACAGCUGGCCAACAAGACAAUAUUCAAGACAGAUAAUCCCAAUUUGUCAAUUAUAGAGAUAAACGAUAAUUCGAUUAAAGCAGAGGACCUCGAAAAGGAAGUGGUGCUGAUUGAGGGCGACAACGUUAAGCCCAUACUGAAGAAGUCGCCCAGCAAAGGACCCGCACCAGUCGCAGUCGCGGAUCCAGCGUCAUCCACAGACAAGCGACGCCGCAAGACGGAGUCGCUGCUGCAAACGAGCAAGCAAAAGCUGGACAUUUCCAUAGCCGAGGCCUCGGCAGCAGCCGACAAUGGAGACAAUGGCAAUCGUGAGAUGGUUGUGGCGCUCAGCCACGAUCAGCCACUGACAAAGCGAGACAUCAAAAUCUACGAUACUCUUGAGGAAUUUGAUCAGAAUCUUCCGUCAACGGUGACGCUGUUGAACACACCAUUUGGCAGCAAGGUCUAUCUCGUGGGAACGGCCCAUUUCAGCGAAGAGUCACAGGAUGACGUCUCUUUUGUCAUACGCAAUGUCCGUCCAGAUGUGGUCAUGGUUGAGCUAUGUCCAUCACGCAUACACAUUCUGAAGCUGGAUGAAAAGACCCUACUGGAGGAGGCCAAAAAUAUCAAUAUACCAAAGAUACGCGGUAUUAUACAGACCCAUGGGUAUAUCAAUGGGGUCUUCUUCAUACUGCUGCUCCAGAUGAGUGCACAAAUCGCAAAGGAUUUGGGAAUGGCGCCGGGCGGUGAAUUCCGUCGUGCCUUCGAGGAGAUACACAAGCUGCCGGGUUGCAUUCUGCACCUGGGAGAUCGACCAAUUCGCAUCACACUAUAUCGUGCCCUGCGUGCUCUAUCCUUGUGGCAGACCAUGAAGCUCGUCUGGCGUUUGACAUUCACGGACAGCAUAAGCAGCGAAGAGGUGGAGAAGUGCAAGCAGCGUGACUUGUUGGAGAAACUAAUGCAGGAGAUGGCCGGCGAGUUUCCUGCGUUCUCGGACGUUUUUGUGCGCGAACGUGAUCUGUUCUUGUGCCAUUCCUUGCAGGUGGCUGCCCUGCCACAAGUGGCGCCGGGUGGCUCUGGCGUGCGACCCGUUCGUGUUGUGGGUGUGGUGGGCAUCGGCCAUGCCAAUGGCAUUGCCAAGAUGUGGGGCAAAGUGGACCCCGAAAAGAUACCUUCCAUACUUGAAAUACCGCCGGCCAGCCUCGGGCAGCGUGUGUGCAAGUUCACCCUGAAGUACGGCCUGAUUGGCCUAGGAUGUUAUGUCGUUAUACGUUUUGCGCGUCCACGUCUUACGCGUUUCUUCUGAGUUGAUACGAGUUGUGGGAGACACACACCCACACUCGCUAUGUUGUUAAAUUUUUUGUUUUUAUUGACUUGCAAAAACCCAAAAUGUGCAGAAUAUAUAAGCAUAUGCCUCUCGCUGACAAAUUAAUUGUAUUGUACAAUGAAGAGAGAGAUCCUUUAUACACAGACAGACAGACACACAUCUGAAAAUACUUGUACACAUAAUCCUAGUUUAAGAUUGCCCCUCGUCCCGCCCAAGAAAGUACUUUUUAUGUGUCAACUCGAAUUGGUUUUACACCUUUUGUUGUUAUCUCUACGGAUUGACCUACACUACAUAUUAUACAUGGAAACAUAAUUAAGGCAUUAUUGUAUUUGUAUGUUGUAUGUACAAGGUUUCCUAACAGGGCUGGAUCUGGUGCCCCUUGUGUUAAGCUCAAAGAAUACAAUUAAUCAAAUCAAAUCAAAUCAUCCAUCUGCAGCUAAUUACAGCUAAAUGUUGUAUGUAACUUCUUUCACACCAUACUCUUCGCAUAAAUGUUGUUCAUUCCGUAGUAACAAAAGCAACCAUAGAUAGUACAGUUCAUAAUUAAUAGAAACGUGAUGGACCUUCCGAUGGCCGUGUGUUACAAAAAUGUUAUAAAAAAAGAGAUGGAUGGAGGAAUUUUACAAAAAAACAAAAACCAACCGAAGCAUACCAACCUAAAUGUAAUUUACUAACCAUAACUAUAAAGCAUAUUCCUUCAUUGGAAGCCUCGGCAAUUGAAGCAAGUCCAAAUGCUGGAUGGUGGGAUAUACAUAUAUGGAUGGUAUUCUAAUAUUAAAGAAGUUAAAGUUAGAACGACAUUAUACAAUUGGGACGAUCAUUCUCCCUGCUUAUAUGAAAUUUUCAAAUCCAUUUCAGCAGUUAACCUUAGCUGAUGAGAGAAUAUAAUCGAGAGAAUAUUAUAUUGAUAGACCUUGGAAUGGAAUAGACGUGUAUGGAAUAAACCACCACUGGUGCCAAAUUUCUGAAGUUCAAAAAUUUAGCACCAGUGGUGAUUUAUUCCAUGAGUGACACUCUAGUUCCAUCAUGCUUUCGUACUCUCAUUGAAUCGAACCAAGGUCUAUCAAUGUAAUAUUCUCUCGAUUCUAACCUCUCAUCAGCUAAAGUUAACUGCUGAAAUGGAGUUGAAAUUUCAUAUAAGCAAUCGUAUAAUGUCGUUCUAACUUUAACUUCUUUAAUAUUAGAAUACCAUCCAUAUAUAUCCCACCAUCCAGCAUUUGGACUUGCUUCAAUUGCCGUGGCUUCCAAUGAUGGAAUAUGCCAUAUAUAUAUAUCUGAGCGUUGUAAACGUGUGAAAAAAACUGUUUUAGAAAUGCAAAAAAGAAGGCAAACAAACACAUCUAUUAUCUGCUUAGGUUAGCCAAUCGUAAAUGGUGUUAUGUAGCAUUUAGUAUAGAAUUUACCACCCCC